AUGAUCAAUGCAAAUCAACAAUGGGCUGAUGUUGCGUUCAAGUUGUUCGAAGCCCGACAUGCUGAGGCAGUACGUCACAUUGUUCAGAAAUUUGACUAUAACCAACAAUCUGCCUCAAUGGUAACAUUAAGCUUGAUCGGGCAGGGCUCCCGUAAUUAUGUCAUCAAAUUGAAGCAUCAUAUGUGUUCUUGUGGGAAGUUGGGUACAAAUGAAAUUCCAUGUUCACAUGCCAUUCAGGCAUGUCGGCAUUUUGGGGUUAAUGCGUUAAAUUUUAUUUCUCACUAUUACAGUGUACAAUCAUACAAGAAGACAUAUCAAGAGAGGUUUGAGCCUGUAUACGGUGAAGAAUAUUGGGAUCCGGUGGAUUUUGAACUUGUGAAUAAUCCCACAGUGCGAGCUCGUCGAGGCCCGGGUAGACAAGUUUCUACUAGAAUAUCGAACGAAAUAGAUAGACCACAAGUACGUGCUCUCCAACAAUAUCAGGCUCGUCAAGCUCGGGAAUGA